AUGUCGGACGGGAACAUUACAUUACCGAGAGAUUCGAGCUUCCUGGCUGAGAUUUGGUACGGCAUCGGCUUGACCAUUAUUACUCUGCGGUACAUUGCGCGGAUACGAUCUGUUGGCUUCAGAGGAUUCCAGGGAGAUGACUACAUUGCCAUUGUUAGCCUGGCACUGUACACCGCUGAUGCCAUCCUAGUCGACAUUGCUUACCACAAAGGAACAAAUGUCGACAUCCCCAGCGAUGUGGUAGAUUUGCUCACUGAUGCCGAGAUCAAACGGGUGACGGAAGGAUCGAAGGCACAGAUAGCUGCUUGGUACACUUACACUGGACUCAUAUGGUGCAUGAAGUUCAUGCUGCUGUUCUUUUACCGGCGCAUCACCAUGGCUACCUUCCAGAAUCGUCUGGUCCGCUGGUGCUUUUGGAUGUGUGGGGUAACGUACAUUGCGGUCUUCCUCACUAUCACAUUUGGCUGCCACCCUACCCAGAUGAACUGGCAGGUUCGACCUAUGCCACCGCGCCGCUGUACAUUCAAACCGCAGAACUUCUACGUCGGCGCUAUCCUCAACGUCGUCACGGACGUUAUCAUCCUCGCGAUCCCCGUGCCCAUGCUGUGGGGCCUCCAAAUCAAGCUGAGCAAAAAGAUCGCCAUCGGGCUAUUUAUCUGCUCAGGCACUUUCGUCAUCGCCGCCGCAAUCGUCCGCGCCGCGCUCACGCUGGGCAACACUCCGUCGGGGCUGAACAUCAAUCGUUGGGGUGUGCGCGAGACAAUUGUUGGCAUCAUCACAGUGAACCUGCCGAUUCUCAGACCCAUGUUCCGGCGUAACUUUUGGCGUGGGACAGGCCCAAUCGCGGAGUCGUCAUCGUACGCGCGAUCCCGCCCGACGAAGAGCGCUUACGGACACGGCACCUUUGAGCUGCAGUCAGAGCCAGGCUCGAAGCGCGGUGCGGCGGCGUCGGAUGUAGAACUUGUGACGGUACCACGGAGCUCGUCGCGGUCGUCGCGAAGGAGUUCAUCGUUGGAGAAGGGGAGUGGAGAAGGCAGUAUCCAGAAUGGAAUUGUGAUUGUCGAGCAGACUUACCAUGUGAGCUCAUCGCCGAGAAAUGAGGAUGAAGAACUUGGCAACUGGGAAGACGAGAAUAAGGACCUGGGACGUAGGUUCCGGACAGAUAUCUCGUCUGGUCCCAGACCUUGA